CCAGGACCCUGUAUUCACUAUAUCCGGUCUCCCACAGUACACACAACAUGGAAGUGCAAUUGUUUUAGUAAAUAUAAACUGCUAAAUACCUUUUCUCAUCAGCAGUUAGAGCAGUCAUGUGACUUCAGCAGAGCACUGGUUAAAACUUGUAGGAUGAGUUUUCUUUCUGCUCUAGGAGGAUGCAGAACCCCUGACCUCUGUCUGGACAAUGCUGAUUGGCCCUUUGUUGAUCACAUGCACUCUCCCCAAAAUAAACCUCUCUAGCAAUACGCAACCACACUGAGCAUGUGCAUUGUUUCUCCACAUGGUAUGUCUUAUCGAGCUACGAAG